GAUAGCAAACUGCAAUGGCCGUACUUACUCAGACGACCAUACGUGAUUCGUGAACAUCGACUGACAAAAAGUUCCGCAGCAACGUUACAUCACCUUGCGAUACUUGUGCGAAAUAAUCCGCUAGUUACCUGUUCUCAAUCGCUUGCAUGAUAAUCAUCGAUUGUUGCGCUGAUACGCACGUCAGUAUAUCGUUGUGCUACGUCCUGCAGUCAUCGGCUCGCGGACAACCAUCUCUGCAAAUACAAUGGCCGAUGUGGAAGGAAAAAAGCUGAUCGAGCUGCGGGUUAUAGACCUCAAGACCGAAUUGGAGCGUCGUGGCUUGGACAAGUCCGGCAACAAAGCCUUGCUCUUGGAACGGCUGUCGAAAGUAAUAUUGGAUGAAGGAGAAAAUCCCGAUGAAUGUCUUAUUAUACCGUCUGGUGGGAUAUCUAAAACCGCCUCAAGAAAAAACAGUGCAGCUGUGGUUCAAGAAGAACCCACUGAGUGCGCAGAGAGUCACAAGGAAGAGAAUGUUGAUGGGCAAGAUAAUACAGAUAAAUCUAAGGGAGAAACAAAGGCUGUAGCGGAAGAAAGUAGUGAAAUCUUUAAGAAAGAGGAAUCGCAGUCCGAAGUCAAGAUUAAUUCUAUUAAAGAGGAGACUAUUAAACAGGAAUCUAAAAUACAGGGAACCAAAACUACAGGCGAAAGUAUACAGAGUAAUGAGAAGAAGAGUGAUUUGGAGAAGACAAGUGCCUCGAAUCAGUCUUCAAAUGCGACACCGGCAACCGUUGAAGCUAAUGGAAUUGAUAAUGAGGAUUCUAUCAACUUAACUAUUGGAGAAGAUGAAGAAAAUCUCCUGGUUGAGGAGACAGAAUCUCAUGAUCGGCACAAGGAUGGUGGAGAGAAGAAGAAAAUGGAAGAGAACAGCAAAAAGGGAGACUCUAAAGGAAGCAGCGGUAGAGCAGAAGCUGGCGCCAGCGGCAAGGAAGGGACUACAUCUGGUGCGAACGUUGGGAUGAAGAGCAAGCAGGACGGUGGAGAUGGAAGCAAGAGUGUGGACUCUAACAACAAAAAUCAGAAGAGAGAAGAGAGAGUUCACACCACUAUACACUUCGUGGAGAAAAAGAUGCCGAUCAAUGCGACCAAUGCAAGUAGCCGUAAUCUGUGGGUCUCAGGUUUGUCGUCGAGUACUCGUGCCACUGACUUGAAGCAGAUAUUCUCGAAGUAUGGCAAAGUCAUUGGUGCAAAAGUAGUUACUAACGCAAGAACUCCGGGAGCAAGAUGUUACGGCUAUGUAACGAUGUCCACGAGCGAAGACGCGACGAAGUGUAUACAGCAUUUACACAGGACAGAGCUUCACGGACGCGUCAUAUCUGUCGAGAAGGCAAAAGGAGAUACUCAGCAAAGCCACGUACGUAAGCGAGAUACUGUCAACGGCAAAUCAGAGAAAAAGGAAGAGAAGGAGAAGCUGAAAGAUCAUGAUGCAAACGAGAGAAAGGAGAAGGAGAUUAAGAAGGAAGUAGAAGAGAAAGGAUCAGAUACUGUGAAAAAAUCUGAUGACAAGAGCGAGAGUACCGAGUCGAAGAAAAUGGAAGUGCAAGAUAAAAAGGAAGAUCCGUGCAAAGAGUCUGAUUCUCGCUCGACGAAAUCCACCAGCAAGAAGCCGGAGAGCGAGAGAGGUAGACGAGAGGAGAAACGAAUUCGCACCUGGGACAGAGAUCAUCGAUCUCACAGCCGAUCGAGGAGUCGCGAGAGACGGAGACGCGAUGACGUUCUCACAUUCGCGAAGAUUCGGGAGGAACGCGAACGGCAGAGGUUACGCGAAAGGGAACGGAUGUUACGGGAAGAAGAGCGUAGAAGAAGAGAGGACAUGGAGCGCCAGCGAGAGAUAGAGCGCAGACAGCGGGAGGAGGCGGCGCGAUUGGAGAGAGAACGGGAGAAGCUGAGACGCGAGAGAGAACGGAUCGAGCAGGAGAAGGCCGAGCUGCUGCGACUCGAACGAGAACGGCAGAAACUCGAGAGAGAGAAGCUCGAGCGCGAAAGGAUGGAGCUGAAGAGGCAGCAGAUGCGCUUGGAGGAAAGCAGACGUGCGCCACCGCCGCCUUCUAUAAAGAGAACGUCCAGUGACAGGAGAGAUCCUCGGGAUUUGUACGUGGAGCCUGACAGAAAACGGAUCACGACGGAGCAUAGUCGCAGGCACAGUCCAGACAGAGUGUCCGACAGGCGAAAUGAGAUGCUGGAUCGCGUGACAGACAGACGGUUGGACCCAUCACCGCCCCCUUCGCGAUACGAGUCCAGCAGAUCUGCUCAGGAUCUGGGACUGAAGAAAGAAUUCAAGCGAAGCACUGAAUUCUCGUCAAGAAGUAGCCGGCCGGAAAGCUUCUCCGAUGUUUCCCGUGGCAGGGAAGUUAUCGUACGUCGAGAAAGUCUGUCCACCACGUCCUCGUCCAUCGAUCCGCGACAGGUGAAGGAAAGAUACGAGCGUCCAAGCACCACGACCUACACUCGUGAACGCGAAGUGCGACGUUCCGAGCCUGAAACGCACAGAAGUUCCCGAGACACCCACACGCGAUACAACGAAAGCUUCAAGCCUCCGGGCUCUAGUACGCCACGUGAGGGUCGUUACGUGGAGAGCAACCGUACACCGAGUGGAUGGCAUUCAGGACCGACUUCCUCGAAGUCCUUUAACUCGGUAACUAGCAGCGGGUCGCGCGAUCCUCGAAACGAACCUUCCAGCUGGAGUUCAAGAUCGUCCGAUAGCGUGAAUAGAUGGAGUAACUCAAGCAGCAUGGGCAGCACUCUGCGGCACCCGAUUCCGCCGACAUAUCAGAGCGGGCCGAUUCAGUCGAUGGGAUUGACCGCUCCCGGAACGGCCCCGUCGUAUGAACGGUUCGAUGCGUACAAAUCGUCCAUGCCCAUAAGGAAAUAUUGAUCCGUUCGUUCGAGUUCGCACGAUUGAGCGAGUCGUUUAUUUGUGUAAUCGUACAUUGGCUACAGGACCCAUAGAGUCAGAGUUCAUCGUUUCUCAACAAGUUGAUCGCGUCGUCGACACAACCUCGAACGCCAAGGUGUUGCUACAUCACGACGAUCUCGCGAUUUAUCGUCGCGAAACCAAGCAGUGUCCGUUCCUGAUAAAAGUGCAGGAAUUUCAGCCGUCGUUUAAUUGAUUCCCCGUACCCGCGGUCUCGAGUUUUACAUCGAUUACAGUUGUAGAAAAAUAAGAGAUAAGAUGUGAAGUUUCGGCUUGUGCCGAUUUGUGACGAUCACUUUUACAUCGUGUCGAAUCAUGUUAUAUAAGGCGCAAUCGAGCGCGCAUGUCUUUUGAGAAACAUGCAUGAAAUUACUGAGUUAUUUACGGGCGGUUAUCCGCGCGUUGUGAACAAAACAAGGAGAAAGAAAGCAUAAAGAUAUUACAGAAGAAGAGAGCAGUUGUCGCUCGCAGUUGUUGCUUCUCGCUCGUCGUUUACCUCUUCGCGGAGACACGUUUGCGACAACAAUGUUUGUGAGACGUAUUCUGCACACUCGUACGCAACGGACUUUUGUACAUGUGUUAAAUAGACUCCACUGUGCCCCAUCAAAGAGAAAGAAGGUGGAAGAGAAAAAGAUAGAGACAUAUACAACUUAUUUUCCUAUAUCGGUUUCGUAAAUUACGCGACGUCCGCGGUUUGAUUUACGAGCGUUCAUCGAGGCCUCGCCGGGUCCUCCCCUGCGCGCUCGAUCAGCUGUUUUAGCUCGAAGUGCGGUUCUUCUUGACUCCGACUUUUCGAAACUACGAGAUAACGAGGAGGCUCGCUGGACGGGUGCAGUUGUUCAUACCACAAGUCAGAAUGUCCCUUCUGGUGAAACGACGAAGACGAUCGGCAUCGUAUCGUGUAAUUUUAUUUAGCUAACUGUAGUACGCAUAGUUUAUACACAUAAUUAUAUGAUGGAAUUUAAGCAAACUGCGUAUCAAUGUUCUAAGAAAAAAAAGGAAAAAAACAUCUGUCUGAAAUAAAAUUUAGGUAAUAACUA